AUGACUCCAAAGAUUUUGAUUGUUCUUUCAUCCCACGGCCAGUUGGGUUCCACUGGCAGGAAGACAGGCUGGUAUUUGCCUGAAUUUGCACAUCCAUACUAUGUGUUCACACCUCACGUCGAUUUAACUAUCGCAUCUCCUAAAGGUGGCCACGCACCUUUAGAUCCUGGCUCCGUAGAAGCCUUCAAGAAUGACUCCCAGUGUGUCGAGUUUCAUCAGACACAAUCUGCACUCUGGGAGAAUACCGAGAAGAUUUCAACCUACCUUGGGCGUGCAAAUGAAUUCGAUGCUAUCUUCUAUCCUGGAGGGCACGGACCAAUGUUCGAUAUCGCUAAUGACAGUGACUCAAUUGCCUUGAUUCGGGAAUUCUGGGAGUCUGGCAAAAUCGUGUCCACCGUCUGUCAUGGUAGCGCAGCCUUGCUCAACGUUAAGCUGUCAGAUUCCUCCUUCCUCUUGGCCAACACGCCAGUCACUGGUUAUUCUAAUUCGGAAGAGGAUGUAACCAAUAUGUCACAGUACAUGCCAUUCAUGCUUGAAACAGAGCUGAAUAAGGUCUCUGGAGGCAAAUACGAGAAAGCAUCGUCUGAUUGGGCCUCGCAUGUGACUGUAGCAAAGGACGGAAGGCUGUUAACCGGUCAGAACCCAGGGAGCGCUGGAGAUUUGGCGAGGGUAAUUUUAGAGAAGUUGAAGGAGUAA